GAUGGCUGCAGUAGGAGCAACCCGGUGCUUACAAGGCGGGAGGCCUCUUGCAGUUUCUCUUUUCCCGAGAUGGUCGCGCCUGAGCCGGGCCGCAUGGGGACGGCGGGAGCUCUGCCAGGGCCCGGAGGCGGAUGAAAACAAAUCUAGCAUUACAAAGCCUAGCUUUACGGAUGAAAGAGUUCAAAGCCUGCUCUACAAGAUGACAGGGCUGAACUUACAGAAGGUGUUUAAACCCAUAAAACAGGAACUUGAACCUCCAAAGUACAAGCUCAUGACAGAAUUGCAACUGAAGGAGGCUACAAGGAAUGCUGUUGAGAAAGCCAGAGAGAGGUUGGAAAUGCCUCCUGUAUUAAGUGAGCGGGAACCAAUUCAUGAUGUAUUAUCAGAAGACAAGAUUCUUGAUGGAGUUGAGCCUUACAAAUAUGUAUUUACAGACUUAACAUACGAUACUCCACACCGUGAACGUUUUGUUGUAGUCCGAGAAACGAAUGGACUUUUACGCAAGGCCACUUGGGAGGAACGGGACCGGAUGAUACAGAUCUUCUUCCCAAGAGAAGGCCGUGAAAUUGCCUCUCCACCUCUGUUUAAGGACGAAAACCUUAUGACUGUGUUUCAUCAGGACUGUCAUGAAGAGCUCCUUAAUCGCUGCCUUACACAAUUUGAGCCAGAUUCGCCUGACUAUAUCAGGGUUCAUCAUCGUACAUAUGAGAACAUUGAUAAGCAUGCAAAGUAUGACUGUCUGCGUUCAACAAGACACUUUGGAGGAAUGGUGUGGUAUCUUGUAAAUAGGAAGAGGACAGAUGGGUUGCUGAUGGACAUGAUUCAGAGGGAUCUGUUGGAUGAUGCCACAAGCCUGGUCACCCUUUAUCACAUGCUCCAUCCUGAUUGCCAAUCUGCAACAGAAGCGCAAGAACACGAUCUCAAAGAGCUAGAUUUAAUUAAGGCUUUUGUGAAGACAGAAGUACAGAGAGCUGGAUAUAUUGAACUGGCACUUCAGGCUUAUCAAGAAAAUUUGCCUCAGUCUGAAGCUUCAUAAAGCAAUUCACUUGGUCCAUUUCAUUUAAUAUCUAAAGUGUCUAAAAUGUACAUAGAACUUAAAUAAAACAUUGUCACUGUUUGAUCAAGUAAGUAUUCUACCUUUUUCAUUAAAAUCA